UCCAAAGAGACGUAAAUAAGUUAAUAGUAACCAAACUUAAGCCAAAAAAGAAAUUCGAAAUCGGAGCAGUAGUUUUGAUUUCUUUCCAAAUCCAUUCAUCGCCGGCGGCGAGAGGCUAAAACGCCGGUAAGGCAUCUCGCCAGCAAUGGCGUCAUCAUCUUCUUCUCCGAUUUCAAUUUUUUUCCUCCUAUUUACCUUCCUGCCCCUCGCUCUUUCUCAAUCCACAAUCCAAAUCCCAACCGCCCGCAAAACUUGGAGCAAAGACGACGGUAUCUAUUGCGACAGCUGGAGACUCUCAGUUGAAACAAACAACGCCGGUUACUGGGUCAACGCUCCAGCAAGAUGCGAAAGCUACGUGGAAGAUUACAUGACUACCGAACGUUACUUAUCGGACUCCGAAAUCGUCGCUGCUGAUUCGAUUUCUUUUGCUAAAUCCGUUAAUGUCACCGGCGACGGGAAGGACGCUUGGGUUUUCGAUAUUGACGAAACUCUGCUCUCCAAUCUCCCCUACUACGAUGUCCAUGGAUUCGGAUACCAACCGUUUGAUGAAAAAUCUUUCGAUGAGUGGGUGGAUUUAGCUGAAGCACCGGCUUUACCAGCAAGUUUUAAUUUGUACAAGGAGCUAAAGCGUCUGGGAUUUACAAUUAUUCUACUCACUGGAAGGAAUGAACAUCAAAGAAAUUCCACUGGUAAAAAUCUUCUAUUUGCGGGAUACACCGACUGGGAACGACUAUUUUUGAGGGGAGUGACGGACCAAGGCAAGACAGCCACUGUAUACAAAUCGGAGAAGAGAAUGGAAUUAGUAAAUGAAGGGUACAGAAUACAUGGAAACUCAGGGGAUCAAUGGAGUGACUUGUUGGGAUUUGCAGUAGCGAAAAGGUCCUUUAAACUUCCGAAUCCAUUGUAUUACAUUGCAUAAAACUCUCUCUCCGAGACGAAAAUGUAACGCUUAUGGCUAUUCGACUGCUACAGCUGUUUUUUUGCUUCUAUUUUUCUUUUGUUUGCUGAAGCUGUUUCACUACUGCGCCAUUGCUGUAACUUUUAUGUUUAACAAUUUGGAAAUGCUGCACAGGUUUAAACUUGAUUUUUUAAA